CCCCAUUCGAUAGCACGUUUCUAUCAUUGACAAUUCAGGCGCCUGAGGAAUAUAGCAGUUUCCCGAUAUCUUCCAUGUGCCGUCUGCUAGCUAAUUGAGGGCUCUUGUUUAUUACUUAAUAGGCAAGGCCUUCGCGCCGGUAUAAGAAACUAGUUUUUGGACAGCAUGUCUUUUAUAGCAGCUCGGGAGCAUGGCGCCAAGCCCGGAUCCGGUGGCCCUGCCUCGGCUCAGAAUGAGGCUGUCGACCGUCGUGAGCGCCUGCGGCGCUUGGCUCUGGAGACAAUUGACCUCAGCAAGGAUCCCUAUUUUAUGCGCAAUCAUUUGGGACAAUACGAGUGCCGCCUUUGCUUGACGCUACACACAAAUGAAGGCAAUUACCUAGCGCAUACACAAGGUAAACGCCACCAGCAGAACCUUGCUAAACGUGCGGCACGUGAGGCGGCAGAGAAGGCAGCAGCCCCGGCACCACAGAAGCGAGCUCCAGUCCGGAAAACAGUUAAAAUCGGGCGGCCGGGCUACCGGGUGACAAAGCAGUUCGAUACCAACUCGCAGCAGCGCUCCCUGCUCUUCCAGAUUGAAUACCCCGAGAUCGAGGAGGGCACCAAACCUCGCCACCGCUUCAUGUCCGCCUACGAGCAGCGCGUGGAGACGGCGGACAAGGCCUUCCAGUACCUUAUAUUCGCCGCGGAGCCGUACGAGAACAUUUCGUUUAAAAUCCCCAACCACGAGGUGGACCGCAGCGAGGGCAAGAUGUUCACGCACUGGGACCCUGACAACAAGGUCUUCUCGUUGCAGUUUUAUUUUGCCAGGCCGAGAGAUCAAGGCCAGCUACCUCUAGGGGUGAUGGCAUCUCCGCCGCUGGCCAUCCUGCCGCCACCGCUGCCGCCUCCCGGUGUCAUCCCGCCGCAGCCCAUGCUGCCGCCACAGGGGGCCCCGCCGCCGCCAAUGGGGGUCAGCAUGGGGAUACCUCCGCCCCACAGGCUGCCGCCUCCACCGCCCCCGCCCCCGGUCUCUAUCCCGCCACCUCCCGGAGGCCAGAUGCCACCACCGCCGCCGCCCUUUUAAGCCGGCCUUUUAUAUUCAUGGACUGAUACGGUACAUCGGAGGGAUUUGAGUGGGACUAGGGUGGGUCAUGUGAUUUGUGGGUCUGGGUCAUGUGGUAUGACAGUUCGGAAUCCUGAUGCUCCCCGGUGGUGAUUAGGACUGAGAAAUAUGCACGAAGAGGUUGACACAAAUAUGUAAAGUACUGAGCAGGGCAGGAUACCACUGGUUUCCCCGAGAGCACCACUCCUCCGUGCAUACCCACAUCAUCGCUACUCGGACCAUUCAAUAAUACAGCGAAC